UCCUCUAUCGCCGCCAGCUCGCUAUUUGAAUGCCACCACCUCCUCACUGUCCGCCGCAGCCUUCCGAAUUUGAAAUUUCUCUUCUCUUGUCUGCCUGCACUGCUUUGCACCCCCCCCGUCACAUCUCCUCCCAAUUGACCCACUCGUGCUACGCAACCCCCAGAUAGCCGCAAUGCCGUCUGCCGUGAAACCCCCACAGACCCUGUACGACAAGGUCUUCGAGGACCACAUUGUCGACGAGAAGGAAGACGGCACAAUCCUGCUCUAUAUCGACCGACACCUUGUCCACGAAGUGACAUCACCGCAAGCAUUCGAGGGCCUCCGCAACGCAGGCCGGAAGGUGCGGAGACCGGACUGCACGCUCGCCACGGUAGAUCACAACAUCCCCACCGCGUCGCGAAAAAACCUCACCACGACCGAGAAAUUCAUCGAAGAGGCCGACUCGCGGACGCAAUGCAUGACCCUCGAGGAGAACGUCAAAGCAUUCGAUCUCACAUACUUCGGCCUCGACGACAAGCGGCAGGGCAUCGUGCACAUCAUCGGCCCGGAACAGGGCUUCACUCUGCCCGGCACCACGGUCGUCUGCGGCGACAGCCACACAUCUACACAUGGCGCAUUUGGCGCGCUGGCAUUUGGCAUUGGCACAAGUGAGGUGGAGCACGUCCUGGCGACUCAGACCCUGAUCACCCAGCGGAGUAAGAACAUGAAGGUACAGGUCAACGGCGAGCUGGCGCCGGGAGUCAGCAGCAAGGACAUCAUCCUCCACGUCAUCGGAGUCAUCGGAACGGCUGGAGGCACUGGGAGUGUUAUCGAAUUCUGCGGAUCGGCUAUCCGCGGUCUGAGCAUGGAGGCCCGCAUGUCGAUAUGCAACAUGUCGAUCGAGGCUGGCGCAAGAGCGGGGAUGAUUGCGCCAGACCUGACCACCAUCGAAUACCUUAAGGGCCGGCCACUAGCGCCCAAGGUCGACAGCCCGGAGUGGAAAAAGGCCGUAAGCUACUGGAUGAGCCUGAAUUCGGAUGCAGAUGCCAAGUGGGACCAUGAGAUUUACAUUGACUGCAAGGAUAUCGCGCCCACUGUCUCUUGGGGCACUUCGCCUCAGGAUGUUGUUCCGAUUACCGGAGUGGUCCCUGGUCCUGACGACUUCCAGGACGAGGUCAAAAAGGACGCUUGCAAACGUGCGCUGAAGUACAUGGGGCUGACUGCCGGUACGCCGAUGCAGGAGAUCCCGCUCGACAAGAUCUUCAUUGGGUCUUGCACAAAUGCACGUAUCGAGGACCUGCGAGCGGCUGCACGGAUAGUCGACGGCAAGAAAGUCGCGCCGAAUGUCAAGCGCGCCAUGAUUGUUCCUGGCUCUGGCCUCGUCAAGCAGCAAGCAGAAGCCGAAGGCCUCGACAAGAUCUUCACGGACGCUGGCUUCGAGUGGAGAGAGGCUGGUUGCUCGAUGUGCCUUGGCAUGAACCCCGAUAUCCUCUCGCCUGGUGAACGAUGCGCCUCGACUUCAAACCGCAACUUUGAAGGCCGACAGGGUGCUGGUGGCCGUACCCACCUCGUUUCACCGGUUAUGGCCGCUGCCGCUGCUAUCGUUGGCAACCUCGCUGAUGUCCGGAAACUGGCGCCUCCUUCAAUGGCUGCGGCUAAAGGAUCACCAAAGGUCGAGCUCGAUGCUCAUAUGGAGGAUAUCGGUAGCGAUGAGGAUCUCGACCGCAUCAUGGACGCGCCCGCCGACCCUGUCUCGCACCCGUCGGCAUCCUCAUCAUCAGUAGGCGCUUCCGCCGGCAUGCCCAAAUUCGAGACUCUACGCGGCUAUGCCGCCCCCAUGGACAUCGCCAACAUCGACACCGACGCCAUCAUCCCGAAGCAAUUCCUUAAAACAAUUAAGCGCUCUGGCCUCGGCUCCGCCCUCUUCCACGCCUGGCGCUACGAGCCCGGCAGCAUCACCGAAAACCCCGACUUCAUCCUGAACAAGGCCCCCUACCGCGACUCCAAGAUCCUCGUCUGCACAGGCCCCAACUUUGGCUGCGGCUCGUCGCGCGAACACGCCCCGUGGGCCCUCCUCGACUUCGGCAUAAAAUGCAUCAUUGCGCCUUCCUACGGCGACAUCUUCUUCAACAACACGUUCAAGAACGGGAUGCUGCCUAUCCGCAUCGACUCGCAGCCGGAUCUCGAGCGUAUCGCUGCUGUUGCCAAGGCAGGUAAGGGAAUCGAAGUCGAUUUGCCGAACCAGGUUAUUCGCGAUGCAGAGGGGAACGAGCUAGCGAAGUUUGAGGUCGAGCAGUUCAGGAAGCAUUGUCUUGUAAAUGGGCUGGAUGACAUUGAGCUGACGAUGGGGAGCGUGGAUAAGAUUGAGAGGCAUGAGGGCAAGAGGACUCGGGAGUGGCCGUGGCUGGAUGGGAGCGGGUAUCUGGCGAGGCAUAGGAAGGGCCCGGUGAAGGUGGAGGCGGCGGCUGUGCCGAAGACGAAUAGGGGCGAGGUGCUGAAGGAGCCGCUGGAGUGGUAGGACAUGUGGCAGCAAGACAAGGCAACUCCUGAUGGCAGGAGGUGAUGGAAAAGUUAUGUACGGUUUCAUUGAUGAUGCGGACAUGAGUUAUGAUCUGGAAUGUACAUCUGCGGAACAGAACC